AUGCAUAUCAAGCGCGUAGUUGUCCUCACGCUCUUCAGUUAUGUCACCGCCCUUCCCAGUGACAUCAAUUUAGGCGUCGCCUUGCGAGCUUGUGAUGCUGAGGCCUGUGAUAUGGAAUGUAGAAUGGCAGGCAGCAGUGGAGGCAAUUGUGGGGGCAAUCCAGCUCUAAAUCUUCUUGGGCUUCCUUUACUUAGCACAAACACGCCCAAUUGCACUUGUUCCUCGAGCAAUUCUUCAAGUGCAGCCCCAGUCACACUUACAGCUACGGAGACCGUCACCGACGUAGAACCGUCCACGACUACGAUAACUACCACCGACACGGAAUCGGCCACGGCUACAGAGACUACUACUGACACACAGUCGCUUACGACAACACAAACUACAACUGAUGUACAGUCUACCACCGCUACAGAGACGGUCACGGACACGCAGGCGUUGACAGCCACCAAAAGUAUUACCGAAACGCAGCCUACAACAGCUACGCAAACAGUCACCGACACAAAGCCUUAUACAGUGAUGCAGACUGCUACUGACAGAGAGUCCCUGACAACCACACAGACUAUCAACAACACAAUUACAGCCACACAGAUUACUACCGACACAAAAUUCAAAACACAAACAAUCAACAACAAAAUCACAGCUAUACAGACUACUACCGAUAUAGAGUCAUAUACAAAGACGAAGACGAAGAACAACACCAUCACGGCCACGCAGACUACGACUGAUAUAGAGCCUACCACGGCUACACAGAUCAUCAAUAGCACACUCACAGCGACUCACACUACCACUGACAUAGAGUCUACUACAGCUACACUUACUAUCAACAACACACUCAUGGCCACACAGACAACCACAGAAACCGAGUUUUUCACAGCUAUGGAGAUCAUCACAGCCGCUGCAUCCUUUACCGCCACCCAGACUACCACUGAUACAGAGUCCAUAACAACCACCCAAAACAUCACAGAUAAGCAAACUAUGCACCACACAGAGUCUGUCACGGCUACAGAGACCAUAACCGAUACGGAAUCUGUCACAGCCAAGCCCACACCAACCACUGUAACAGACAUCCAAAUGUCCAUAUCCACAACAACUGCCACUCAAACCGCCACCCCUACUCCGGAAGUUGGGGCCUGCUUCUGCUGCACUAAGCAGGUCCGACUGCCGUAUGAACUGAAUGGUAACUGUGAUAAUAUCGCAGUGUCAAAUUCCACCAACGGCUGCCCAUCGGGUGACGAUCCGAAGCGGAACCACUUGCUCUGUUGUGACUCGAGUGGAUACUGUACUCAAAUGUCAUAG